UCCACGGUCCGGUCUCUCUGCCCCUGGGCGUUAUAAAUAGUAAAGGUUAAUUAGUUAGCUGAGAAAUUGGAUCAGGGGCGGGCAGUUAGAAUUUGAUCCAUAGACAGGUAACUCAAGCAAUCCCCAUUGUCACUGCAAUCAGACCUAUAUAAAUCCGCCUUGACGGACAGCAUCACCACAUAGCCUUAACCUCUCUGCUGCAUCACCGACCGGGCGAGAACCCUUAACACGGAAUAAAAUGUCGCUCUCAUCUAUCCUUUCCGCUGAUGCCAUCGACAGUGCUAUCAAGGACUGCCAAGCACCAGACUCCUUCUGCCCCAAGAAGUUCUUCCAGAUGUGUGGCCUCACCAAGAAGACCCCCCAGGACGUGAAGAAAGUUUUUGCGAUCCUGGACAAUGAUGGCAGUGGUUUCAUUGAGGAGGAAGAGCUGAAGUUUUUCCUCCAGAGGUUUAAUCCUGGGGCUCGCGUUCUGACAGACACAGAGACCAAAGCCUUCCUGUGUGCUGCUGAUGAUGAUAGUGAUGGCCGGAUUGGAGCAGAGGAGUUCCAGGCCAUGGUCUUGUCCUAAACAACUGACCUCCCUUUCUCCAAAUCAUCUUGAGACCUCCUCUACCUGCCCCUGUUCCACUGCUUCAAGGGCUGUCUUAGUUUAGUCAAUCAUUUUCCAUCUGGUUAGAUGAAACUUGUUAGAUUAUUUUUAUUUUACAAGACUCGCCCCGGUCCACAGAUCCACAUUCUCAUCAUGUUUUUUUUCUCUUUUUCCAUAUAUUUUAGACAGAUCGUAAAGC